CUGCUUAUUUCUGACCAGAAAAAAUGAUUCCACUCCAAGAAACAAAGACCUUGAAGACAUAACAAAAUACACAAAUAUGACAUGAAUUAUCCAGAGAAGGGAGUAUGUGUCAUUAUAAACAUGGACAAGCUGGAUCCUGAGCUAAUUUCAAAAGAAGGGUUAAAAACAGGAGAACGACCAGGUACCAAUAAAGAUGUGGAAUCACUCCAUGAAGUCUUUAAAAAUUUUGGAUUCCAAGUAAAAAUUGAGAACAAUCCAACAGCUGCAAAAAUAUCUGAACUACUGAAAGGAGUUGCCGAGGAUGAUCACAGUCAGAGAGGUUGCUUUGUUUGUGUUGUAUUAGGCCAUGGGAAAGAUGGUGGAUUUUAUUGUUACGAUGAUUUCAUGGACGAAGAGUAUCUGUUUAACCUAUUCAAAGGAGAAAACUGCAAGCAGCUAGUUGGGAAGCCAAAACUUUUCUUUAUCCAGGCAUGCAGAGGAGAUACUUCUGAUUAUGGUGUGACUCCUUAUGCAAGUAUCGCCACGACAUCCAGCUGUAAAAUUCCAGUAGAAGCCGACUUUCUUUGCCAUUACUCUACUUGCCAAGGUUAUGUGUCAUGGAGAAACCUAAGUUAUGGCUCCUGGUUUAUUCAGUCACUGUGUGACAUGCUGAAAAAGUACGGAAAGAAGAAUGAUCUGAUGCAGAUUUUAACACGUGUAAACCAUAAAGUUGCAUUCGAAUAUGAAUCAUCACAUGGAAAACAAAGAAAUGCCUUGUAUUGUCAGCAAACUUACUAAAGAUCUCUAUCUGUAA